GUACGAUCGCCUGUUACUGAAAUGGGCCAGCCCCACUGCCCAGCAGGACGAGGUACUGGGCUAUGUCGUGCGCUACUACGAUACAGAGCCACGCUGGCCCGUGAAGAACGAGAAGGAGGUGAAGCUGGCCUCCAGACUUCUGAAGCCCAGCGAGCAGACGGCACAGUUCCUGGAAGGAAGCGCUGCCAUGUCU